UGAGCACGAGCUGACGAGGAGCGGAGUCGCGGUUUCCCAGGACUGCCUCUUAAUUGCGCGUAAUCUUCCGUUUCAUUCAUCUGAACAGAGGAGAAGACUUUAAAGAGAAGGAGCGAAGGAGGGUGAAACGUGUUUCAUCUCCUUGGUUUUCUUUCUCACUGUGGACUGUGUGUGUUUCAAAAAAGCAACAUUUUGCUUGUGUUUUUAUCAGCUGCACCUUGAUCCGGGGGACUGUCGCCAACUCAGCGCAGCCUCUCAUCCUGCGCUUCCCCUUUCAUCGCUCUCAACGUUGUUCAUCUUCACAGCUGCUGCUUCCCCCUUCUUUUUCUUGUGGAGUCGCUGACAUGAAGUGCAGCUAACCCUGGAUGCUGACAGCUCCCCUUUUCCUUCCACAUGUCGCAUCUUUUGUUUACUUAUUUAGAAACACACGCGCAACUAAACGCCAAGUGAAGUAGACCACGCCACUUUUGCUCCUCUGACAGCGAUCAAACAGACGAGGAAGGGGAGGCAGGAGAAAGGAGGGAGCCAAGGAGAGGAGGAUAGAGAGAGGGGAGAGAGUGAGAGAGAGAUAGCGACAGUGUGAAGGUUCGUUUUGAUGUUUGGCAUCCACGAGAGCAUCCAGAGGAGUGGGAGUAGUAUGAAAGAAGAGCCCAUGGUGGCCGGGAUGAACGCGGUUCGGACAUGGAUGCAGGGCGCCGGAGUGCUGGACUCCAACACAGCCGCCCAGAGCGGAGUGGGUCUUGCUCGGGCACACUUCGAGAAACAGCCGCCCUCCAACCUUCGCAAGUCCAACUUCUUCCACUUCGUCCUGGCUUUAUACGACCGACAGGGUCAGCCGGUGGAAAUAGAGAGAACCACCUACAUUGACUUUGUAGAGAAGGAAAAGGAAACGACGGGGGAAAAGACCAACAAUGGGAUCCAUUAUAGACUCCAGCUCCUCUACAGUAACGGGAUCAGGACCGAGCAGGACUUGUAUGUUCGUCUCAUUGACUCUAUGACUAAGCAGGCUAUUGUCUAUGAGGGCCAGGAUAAAAACCCAGAGAUGUGUCGGGUCCUGUUGACCCAUGAGAUCAUGUGCAGUCGAUGCUGUGAUAAGAAGAGUUGUGGCAACAGGAACGAGACCCCAUCAGACCCUGUCAUCAUCGACAGGUUCUUCCUCAAGUUCUUCCUUAAGUGUAACCAGAACUGCCUGAAGAAUGCAGGGAACCCUCGAGACAUGAGGCGUUUUCAGGUGGUUGUGUCAACUACGGUGAGCGUGGAGGGUCACGUCCUGGCCGUCUCCGACAACAUGUUUGUGCACAAUAACUCCAAACACGGACGCCGAGCUCGAAGACUGGACCCCUCGGAAGGAACACCGUCCUACCUGGAACACGCAACCCCCAGCAUCAAAGCCAUCAGCCCCAGUGAAGGCUGGACCACAGGGGGCGCUACUGUCAUCAUCAUCGGGGACAACUUCUUUGACGGCCUGCAGGUCAUCUUUGGAACCAUGCUAGUCUGGAGUGAGCUGAUCACCCCCCAUGCCAUUCGUGUGCAAACUCCACCCAGACACAUCCCCGGGGUGGUGGAAGUCACGCUGUCCUACAAAUCCAAACAGUUCUGCAAAGGCACACCUGGACGCUUCAUCUACACAGCUCUGAACGAGCCAACCAUAGACUACGGCUUCCAGAGGUUACAGAAAGUCAUCCCGAGACACCCUGGAGACCAAGAGAGAUUACCCAAGGAGGUGAUCUUAAAGAGAGCAGCAGACCUGGUGGAGGCCUUGUACGGGAUGCCUCACAAUAACCAGGAGAUGAUUCUGAAACGAGCAGCAGAUAUCGCAGAGGCCCUCUACACAACAGUGCCACGAGGGCACAACCAGCUAGCUGGCCUUGGCAGCGGCUCCGUCCAUGCUGGCAUGAUGUCCGUAAACUCCUUCACUGGGUCAGAGGUGGCACAAACAGCCAAUCAGGGUUUCAAUAGGAACACAAGCAGUGUGUCCCCUCAUGGUUAUGUGCCCAGCUCCACUCCCCAGCAGAGUGGCUACAGCUCCGUCUCCACUAGCAUGAAUGGCUACGUUAACUCUGGCAUGGCAACUUUGGGCACCUCGCCCAACUUCCUCAAUGGAUCUGCAGGCAACUCGCCCUAUGCUAUCGUGCCGUCAAGCCCCACCAUGGCCUCGUCGACAAGCCUGCCCUCCAACUGCAGCAGCUCCUCCGGCAUCUUCUCCUUCUCUCCAGCCAACAUGGUGUCGGCUGCCGUCAAACAGAAGAGCGCCUUUGCCCCUGUCGUGAGACCCCAGAACUCCCCUCCGCCCACGUGCACCAGCGGUAAUGUUAACAGCCUGCAAGAUCAGUCUUUUGUGGACUCUAGCAAGUACUCAUCAAACAACUCUCUGCAGGGCCUGGCCUUCUCCUGAACGAUUCCCGGGAUGAUCGUUCCACCCAUGUAGAGGGUCUGGGAUAGCUGGAGAUUUGGGAAUGCUGAGAGGAAAAAGACACAGUAGCAGAGUCUGGCGAGUCUCUGUUGUGCUCCGGAGCUGAACUGAAGGAAGUCAAGAUAAGACGCAGGACUCUGUUAAACUCAGGCCUUUCCACUGGGAUUUCAUCUGAAGGGAUAGGGGAGGAGAGAAAAAAGGAACAAUACGAACCUUUGUGAUGUUAUUUCCCUCUUGGUUGAAUUAGUGUAGCUUCUCUGACACCACGUUGGAUGGAGUGUAUAGAGACUGAUAGUUUAUCCACAGUGUGACACUGACCUCAUGAAAAGAGCAUUUAUUUAUCUUUGUGUUAUGCAUGUAAGGUUUGGGUUUGAUUACUGGAGGCCCCACGCCGUCUUGCAAUUCAUAACUCGCACAAACACCAGUGAAGUGUUGGUUUGACCAUGAAGUUUAUGUAACCUCUGUCACAAUAGAGGAUGCUUUCCUUAGCUCAGUCUGCUUACUAAAACCAUAGAGCAACACACUGGCCGAGUGCAACUAAGGUCAACAACACAAUUAAACAAAGAAAUACAGAAAAGAACAAAAUCAACCCUCAACUUUGCUGCUAUUUAUCCCAUAAAUCUAAAAAUGGCAUAACAAAAUCACCCUUUGCUUAUUCAUCAGAAAACAUGCCUUUCUUUUUAUUUCUCCCCCUUCGGUUGUUUGUUUGAAUUUUAAUAAAACUGUGAGGAUUGAGCUGUUUGCAAUAUGCUUUUCUGCUUGUCACGUGAAGAAAAGGUGAUGAUUUAGCCAAAAUUAACAUUUUGUCUGAGAUUUUAGUGAAAACUUGAAAAGCCAGAGGAUGUGUGCGUCCAGCCAGCACUGUACUGACGGAGUCUAGCAAAUAUCAAAUUAGAAUAAAUGCGUGAUAUAUGUGAUAUAUUUUUGUAUAUAAAAAAAGUUCAAUUUUUCAUUUGACGUUUCUUUACUUUUUUGCGAUAGCUAUAGUUUGUAAUGUAAACAUUAUAUGUCUUAAGGCAGCUUCUCAGUACAGAAGAUAGAUUUACUGUGUGUUGUCAAUAUCUCAUCUGCUAAACACGACAAACAUGGAUUUGGAUACAAAAAGGGGAUUCUGUAAAAUAUCCUAUAAAUAAUGUAUUUAUCCCUUAUCCCAUAUUUGUACAUUGCCUCUCAGCCUCAUUUAGUUGUGUUGUGUAAGUUAAAUACAGUAACAUAUUUCACGGUGUUUUGUUUCUUAUUUAUUGUUGUCUCACUAUUUAAAUGUGACCUUUUUUAUCUUUUUUUGUUUUGUAUG